AUGAGCAAAAUGGCACGAAGCUUCUCAACAGCUGCCAGAGUGCACCCAUCCAUCUUGCCACAUCUCCGACCACCACCGCGCCGAGCUCCGAUCCGCCGAUGGCUCAAAACCGCCGCCGCCAUCACCGUCGUCGGCUACGCCUCCAAAACCUACCUCGACAUCACACGCGACCAGCGCCGCUCCAGCGCCAUCGCCAACGAACAGGCCUCUGCUGACAGGCAGCGCAUGAUGGAGAAUUUGUAUGGCGGGCGCGAGACGCUGGAGGAUUUGGAGAAGGGCGUUGCAGAGUAUGAAAGGAGGUAA